UGUAAAUUGACGUGGCAUGGAAAAUCUCUGCUAGUUUGUAGCAGCUCUAACAUUGCUGCAAAAUCAAGCCCACUCUUAGCAAGUUUGUAGCUUGAAAUUGUCAUUGGCUAACUGUUUCUAUAUAAAAAAAAUGAAUGGAAAGUACCUUCGCUUUUUGAUUUGGGAACUGGACUUUUUCUGUAUUUGGAUUUACGGCUAGUAGAAAACAAAAUUGAAGGGAAUUAUUUGGUUACUUUUUUUCCCCUCUAGCGAGAGCGACAGAUCUUGCUGCUCCCCCCACCUUUUCCUGCGAUUUAAUCAUUUGCAGAUCUUGCCAUGGGGUGCGGACUGAGAAAGCUGGAAGACCCAGAUGAUAGCAGCCCUGGAAAAAUCUUUUCUACACUGAAGAGACCACAAGUGGAAACAAAGACGGAUUCUGCUUUUGAAUAUGUAUUGCUGGAUUUUACUUUAGAAGCUUCCUCAAAUCCAGAAGUUAUAAAGAUCAAUUCUGUGUUGGAUAUAGCAUCUAAGGUGGAAGACUAUUACAGCAAAGGAUAUGUUGUAGGAGCUGUUCAUCCUAUUAUACUGCCAAUUGGACGUAGAAGGAAUUUCCCUGCAAGUCACAUGUAUCGAGUGGUACUUUCACGAUUAAAAUUAAGCCAGAAGCAUGCAGCACCCAGAGGACAAAGGCACCCCCGGCUGGUGAUUGAGGAAUGUCCUUUAAUGUAUGAAACACUGACAAAUGAGGUAGUGAAAGAACUGUUAGAAAAGGUUAAUGAAGCUGCUAAAAGAGGAAAGAAGUUUGUGGGAUUUGUAACACAACAUUUUCCUCAAACUAAAGCCUGUAAUGGAACAAGCACAGAUGGAAGUGCAGAGCUGGAAUCCACGCUGGGCAGAAGAAAUAGGGAACACAGAAGAAAGAAUUCUGACGAAAACUAUAAAAACUGGAGUGAAGGGACAUUGAGUGGUCACUCAUCUGAGAGUGGGAUAGAGGAGGAAAUGCAGGGAGAAAGCAGCCUGUUACAGGACGCAGAUUUCCAGUUUGGAAAAGAAUUCAGCCCUGUUAAAUCACAAAAAGGAGAUGACAAGCUAUACACAGUCUUCAAUGUUUUUGAUGAUGAUUCUACCUGCUGGAGCUAUCAUGAAGGUGUUUUGUCUAUGAAAGUAUCAAGAAAGGGGCCAGUUAUUAGUACACUGGAAGCCGACUGGUUAGAAUUAACCACAUUUUAUUAUAAACAAGGAUUGUCCUUAAUUGAUUCUUUUGUACACUGGGAAACUUCUAAAGGGGACUAUCUGCCCAAAUCUUUAGAAGGAUUAUUUAUCUACGAAGAAGAAGGUGCUGGGGUUCCAGGUUCAAACAGGAAAGGAAAUGAUGCAAUAGUUGUUGAACAAUGGACAGUCAUUGAGGGGUGUGAAAUUAAAACAGAUUAUGGACCUUUAUUGCACACGCUGGCUGAAUUUGGAUGGCUCCUGACCUGUGUCCUGCCUACACCUAUUGUACGACAUGACAGUGAAGGAAAUCUGGCCACAAAGCAAGUAGUUUUUCUUCAGAGACCUGUUAUGUGGAAUUCUGCUGUCCAGACACCAGAGAAAUCCUUAAGACAAGUUAUUGGGGAGGAAAAGGGCAAAGUCUCUAGCAGAAGCGUUGGAUUAGACACAGCUACUUCUCGCCCUGUAGAAAUCGGACAACCACCUGAUGAGUUUCACCUAUCUCCUUCUAAACAAUGUUGGAUCAAGGAGGGAUCCUCCCAGUAUGGAGGCUUUUCAGGGUUCAGUAGCAGCGAUGGAGUAUUAAGGGAACUGGACGAUGGACAGUUUGACCAGGAAGAUGGAGUCACUCAGGUCACAUGUAUGUGAUAAGUAACUGCAUCGGUGAUAAAGUAAGUAACUGCACCAGAUGGACAUGUACAUAAUUCACUCAAAUAUUUUUGAAAAAAAUCAUACUACUUUAAAUGCAUUGGUAUAAUCCUAUGACUCUUCCCAGACUCAUUUUGUAUUUUUGUCUUUGUUGUGUUAAUCCUACUGUAGUAAUAAUACUGCUGCAAAAUAAUUUGGGGGUUUGUCUCUCUUCAAUAGAAUAACUACAUGACUGGGUGCUCUGCUAACUUGUUAGUGAUUUUGACAUGCAAGGAAGCAAAUGCUGCAGAACAGUGACAGUUUGAAAUGUGUAAGAGGGAAAAGAAUGAGGAUGUUUAUUUUUUACAAGCUGGGGGAAUGGGUUUUUUUAAAAGGUGUUGUAAAUAUUGGUGGGGGAAAAAUAUUUGCUGUUGUUAGGUUUUAAUGUAAUUUUCACUUUACUUGCCUUGCAUAAACUCAAAAGCCUAAAGAAAUGUAAGUCUUACACUAAAGUGUAAAUAAUUUAAACUAUGUUCAGACUUGGUAUGUACAGAAAACCUCUGGAGGCUGUAGGCAGACACUUGCUCCUGUAAUAUAAUUUCAGAGGCAGAUUUUACCAGGGUUCCUUGUAUAUCUAAGCCAAAAUCCAUCUGACCAUGGAGCUCAUAUAAUGUGUUCAUAAUUUACUCACAAGUGGAAACUAAGAACCACUCACCCUCUGGAAGAUAACUUGCAGUCUAUGAAAAAGUAGUUUGAGAAACUUGCUAAGAAGCAUUGACAGCAAAGUGCACACAGUGAUGCUGAUAACAUACAGGAGGAAGAAGUAGGCUCAACUUACUAGGCAAUAUUAGAUGACAGACAAAAUGCAAAUACACUGUGUAUAUAUAAAAAUUCUUAGCUAAAUGUCUCACACUGGGUGAAGUGUAUUCACUUGCAUCAAAUUCCAGAAGGAAUGUUGAGAGGAAAGGAUGAAGCUGCUGUGCUUCUAUCCUCAUGAUGGGGAGGAGCUGCUUGCAUUACUGGAGGUUAACGCUGGCAGGGCUCUGCGGGGAGAGGCAUCAACAGGAAUUAUUUUUAUGCUGCUGUCUUGAAAUUACAUUUUACAGAGGAGAAGCUGCAUUAAAAUGCAUCCCCAGAAGAUAAAUGUGAUUAUAACUAAAAAUUGCAUUUUUCAGUUAGUUUUAGAAGCAAAAACUAAAAAUGCUCAUCACACUGAAGCUAAUGGAAAAUAAUUUGGUCAAAAUGAGAGAUCAAAACAGAACUCAGCAAAUGUAUUCACAGCACUUCUCUCAAUGUUUGCCGUACAGCAGACACAUCACCCAGGGAUUUUGAUACCUGCCUGUGUGUGGUGUACUGCAAACAUUGAGAGAAGUGCAGUGAAUGCAUUUACCACCACCACUCCGGUCCUCUGGGGUGGUACCCUACCCGCUGCCGUGGGACUCUCCCUGUCCACAGUGGUAGAUGCUGGCACUAAGGGCAGUGGGCAAAUUAAUGCAGUGACAGGAACACCAGCCAUUGACUCCAAACGAGCACCCCGUGAGAUGACUGGGAUGGCGGAAGUCAGCCCGCAAUCUGUGGCGGGGAGCUGUGCAGAAAGAACACUGGCAGAAGCUGCUUAUUUCAAUAAGCAAAAAGUAACUCUUGAAAGACAAAAGUUAGGCUUGCUAUGAUAAGCAAAAGUAGUACAAAGCCUUAGUGCUAUUUCAGUUUAUUUUUACAAGGGGGGGCAGGGGAAACCCUUUUUACUUGCGUGAUUGUCAUUGUAGAGCUUGGAAUGAUUAUUGCUUUGGAGCUGCUUCCCAAUUUCAUAAUGAAAUUGUUGUAGGCAGGCUUGUUUAUUUUUUUCACUCUGGAAGAGCAACUCUAACAACUGUUUGUAGCAGGUUUGUGGGUUUUUCCCCCCAAAAAAAUCCACAGCCCUGGAGCUGGAGACAUUCCUUCAACUUCUCUUUCCUAUUGCACAUUGUUGAAAAGGGCAGCUUCUAUUUUCUCACUUGAAUUUCCUAAGAAAAAAGCUGGCAGCCUGGCAAAAUAGUUCUGAAUUGUGAUUGUGUUAAAAGCCAGAUGCAUGCCAGCAGGAGGACUGUGCACACCGUGGGGAGUGAUGGGAGCGCAGGAGCACCUGUGGUAGCAGACGUGGUAAGAAAUCCAUUCUUGCCAAGGCUUCUCCCCACUUUCCCACCGGCAUCUCAAGGUCACAGAUGUGGGGCACGAACCUGGUGUUUGUUCCCUGUCUGGGGGCAUCAUGUGGAGGAGCAUCACGCCGCUAAUGGGGAGCGUGCCGGGCUGGGUGUUCCCUGUGGAGUCUGCCCCAACCACUGCUUUCUCAUGCAGCCGACUGCUCUGUGAGCAGUGGUCAGGGUCACGCAAAAGCAGGGAUCUCCUCCAUGGUAUAUAGGUGUGGAAAAUGUCAUAAAAAGACAUGUUACAGCUGCCUUGGGCAGCAAGCCAAGUAACUCUACCAUAUUAAAAAUGGGGUAACAGCUGGCCUUGUGCAACUUGGGAUACAUUGGUCUACUUCUAAAAGUAUUUUUAUGAGUUAUCUGAAACUCUCAUGGGAGUGUGUAAUUUUAACUACUGGUGGUACUCCAUACAAGUCCAACCUGUAAAAGCAGCAAAAAUUGGUUCAAAAAACUGAAUAUUCCAACUUAAAGCUUUGAUGUACUUCAAAAGAAAUUACUGACCUUUUAUAAAGCAGCAUCCCUGCUUAAGAUGGUUAACAGUAGUGAAUCCUAAAACAAAACUGAACUAUUUAUAUAACAAGUUACAAUGUAUAAAGGACUAAAUUGAAUGCAGUUAACCUUUCUAGAAUACAUGUAUUGGAUAAAAAGAAUAAUUUAACUUUUAACUGAGAACUUUUCAUAUCAGCUGUUGAGAAUGCAGAAAAA